AUGAUUAAUUAAAAUAAAAAAAGUUCAGAUUAUUGUGCCUUGAUUUACGCUAAAUAUUUAUUUAAUCAAAACAAAGUUUUUUUUGUAUAUUUUAAGAGCAAAUAAAGAUUUUAUCAAUUCAACUUGUUUUCUAAUAUGAACAAUAGUAUCUGUGAUGAAGAUUAAAAUAUCUUUUAUGAUUCCAAUUACCUGAGAGAUGAAUAAGUUAAAUACCCUCAAUCCUACUUCUAAUAUCAAGAACCACCUUAUUUGUACUCUGAAUAAAGUUUAAAUAAUACUGAAUAGCAGCUUUAAACUCCAUAGUACACACUCAAACAAGACACUCUCAGUAUUCAAAAUAAUUAGACAGGAAGCAAUUUUUAUGUUAACCUUAUCCAGAGGCAACAUAGUUCCUUUUCUCUCAAAAAUAAUAAUUAUAGCAAUAUUAAUAAUAACAAUAGCAGUAUUUGCAAUAAUAUCAAAUUUAAUGUCAUUGAUAACAAUUUUAUUGAAAAUCAGCAAUCUAAUUUAAAAAACUUUCAGAUGGAAAUCUAUGAAGAAUUUUGUUCUCCUAAUUCAAAAAUUUUUGGUUUAAGAGAUUAAGGUGAAGAUUAUUUGCAAAUGAACAAUGCUAAUUAAGGAGGUAUCGCUUUAAGUAGUGGUAUUCAAUAAACUAUAUUACAAAAUUUUGGUUCUAAUUAGAAAGACAUAAAUCAAGAUUUAUUGUUUGAAAAUACAUAGGAACAAUACAUAGAAAUUACCCAGAUUUAAGGUAUUAAGCAAAAUUAAACUGCGAUAGGAAAAAUAGAUAACAAAUUAGAAAUUAAAGGAGAUUUAAUAGAUAGCUUACAAAAAUCUAAUGAAAUAAAAAUAAAGAGAAUGGAAAAAAAGAAGCAAAAACAACUGGCCUUUUAAUAGAAAAUUUCCUCUUAUCCAAAGAGAGUGUUGAGAAGCCAAACAGGCUAAAAUACUCCGGUAAAAAUGCAGGACUCUACUUAAAAAACAAUCCCGAAUAAAAAUGAAGAAAAUUAGAAUUAAAAAAACAGGUAUAUUCAAGAGAGUAAUCAAUCUCCAAUUACACAAAAUCAUGAAAUAGAAACACAUUUAUAAAUAAAAGAAAUAUUAAAUGAAGAAAUUUCUUAAUAAAAUUCCUAUCCAAACGAUCACUAAAACUUUCUGUAUUGCAAUCAAACAUAAUUAGAAUAAGAUAUUCCCCAAAAUCUUGUUACAGUUAAUCGUCUUGGAAUUCACCCUAACCAAAAUAAUUAUUAUUAUACAUAAAAUAGCCAAUAACAAAAAAGCAAUUUAAAUUAUCAGAAUUCAUCAAUUUUUAUGCAAAAUUAAUUAAAAAUGGGUGAAAAUUCUUUGAGUAAUCAAAAUUAGUUUAUUUAACCAAUAUAAAACAAUUCAGAUAUAAACUUUCAUUAAAAUUUGUUACAUAGCCAAAUUAUGAGCUAGAAUGAAGACGAAAUACACCAAGAUCGUAACUAACAGGAAUACUUUGAAAUUGAAGACAACAAAGAGUACUCAUAAAUCUUUACAAGCAAUUAAAGGGAAUACACAGAAGAUAAUCAAACUAGUAAUCUGUCAAAAAUACCCGAUUUUAAAGGAUUACUUACUAAUAUUAAUACGAUACAAAAGAAAAAUGUAGUGAAAAAUUUGAUGACAUCAUUCAAAAGGUUUGUAGUUAGUUUAUUUGAAAAUGAGUAGUAAACCUCGAAGAAAACUAAAAAGGAUUAUUUAUUUAAAAAAUCCAGCAUAAAAAUUUACUUCGAUUAAAAUUAGCAACAAAAUCCUGAAGUUUUAUCUUAGAUUCGAAACCAAAUAUUAUCAUUUUAUUACAAUUACUAAAACCAGGAUCAAUAAUAAGACGAACAAAAUUUUCUGAAAAAAUACAAAAGAUAUUUAGAUAACAAGCUAUUUAAUCACUACACUCUAUCACUACUUCUUAAACAUAAGCAGUAUGCGCUGAUCUUUAAAUAUUAUUUAGAAAACUUUGUAUCCAACUGGUUAAUAAAUUCAAAAGUCAAUGAUCGUAUCUCUCACUAGUUAAUGGUUGAAUUUCUUCUAAAAUCUUACUCUUAGCCUUAAUUAGUCUAAAACCUCCACCAUAAUUAAUAUUAAAAAGAGGAGCUUGUUCUUUGA